CGAGGAUAACAAGUCAGUCUCUUUACAACCGCGGGGCAUUCAACUCAAAAUGUGCACUUGCCGAGAACAAUGGAAAAGCGAUGAGGAAAUUAAAAUUUUCCAGGAGUAUUUACGCAUUCCCACGGUGCAUCCAGAUGUGGACUAUACUGCUUGCGUGGAGUUCCUAAAGCGGCAGGCUAGCAACCUGGGUCUACCGGUGGAUGUGAUCCAUCCUGUGAUGCCAUCGAAACCGGUGGUGGUUAUGAAAUGGCUGGGAAAGAUUCCCGAACUGCCAUCGAUUAUUUUGAACUCGCACAUGGACGUGGUUCCCGUGUUCCCCGAGAAGUGGACCCACGACCCCUUCGGUGCCCACAUGGACGACCAGGGCAGGAUUUAUGCUCGCGGUGCGCAGGACAUGAAGUCAGUGGGCUGCCAGUACAUGGCUGCAGUCCGUGCGCUCAAAGCCAGUGGCUAUCAGCCCAGGAGAACUGUCUAUCUGACCUUUGUGCCCGACGAGGAGACUGGCGGCGACAUGGGCAUGGCCGAAUUUGUGAAGGGUGAUUACUUCAAAGGCAUGAAUGUGGGUUUCAGCCUGGACGAGGGCAUCGCCAGCGAAAAUGAGUCCUAUCCCGUAUUCUAUGCCGAGCGCACACUGUGGCAUCUCCGCUUAAAGUUCAGUGGCCAUUCAGGACACGGUUCGCUGCUGCACAAGGACACGGCUGGCGAGAAGUUCCAUUACGUGAUGGAUAAGCUGAUAAAGUUCCGGGAAACGCAGGUUCAGCUGCUGGCCAGGAACCCCUCCUGGGAGGUCGGCGAUGUGACCACUUUGAAUCUAACCCAACUGGAAGGGGGCACCCAGAGCAAUGUGGUUCCUCCUUUGAUAGAAGCCGUUUUCGAUGUUCGCAUUGCCGUCACCCAAGAUGAGGAUGCACUGGAGAGGCAGAUUCGUGAUUGGUGUGAUGAAGCUGGAGGCGGAGUGGAACUGGAUUUCAUACUAAGGUGUCCCGCCGUGGAGACCAAGAUAGAUGCCUCCAAUCCAUACUGGCUGGGCAUGAAACAGGGUUUGGAUGAACUCGGUCUGAUCACCCACACACGAGUUUUUCCCGGUGCCACCGAUAGCUACUACGUCCGGCGGAUGGGGAUUCCCGCUCUGGGAUUUUCACCCAUCAACAACACACCCGUGCUGCUGCACAAUCAUGAUGAGUACUUGCGAGCCGACACCUAUCUGCAUGGCAUUCAGGUGUACAGGAAGCUUAUCCCGGCAAUUGCUGAUUCAUAAAAUAUUCAACUGAAUUUCUCCACUGGUGUUUCAAGAAUUGAAAUCAAUAUGCUUCGAUUGGUCUUAUCUUUUAUGAGUAAUGUUUUUUAGGCGAUGAGUGUAAGGCCGAAAUUAAAUGUUUAAAUGUUGUUCAAAUCAUAUCUGCAGCCAAACACUGAUAAUA